AUGGCUACCUUAUUUUUCUUCUCUUCAUUCUACUUUCUCUUCCUCCUCUUCUUCUCUUCUUUCUACUUUCUUUUCUUCCUUUUCUUCUUCUAUUCCUUCUACUUCCUUUACUACUUUUUCUAUUUCUUCUUCUUCUCUGCCCAAUUUGCUGGCUACCUUAUUGUUCCUCUCUAUUCUACUUUCUCUUCCUUCUCUUUUUCUUCUCUUCCUCCUACUCUCUCUUCUUACCCUUCUUCUUCUCUUCCUUCUACUUCCUUUACUAAUUCUUCUAUUUCUUCUUCUUCUCCUACACCUACUUUCUAUUCUUCUUCUACUAAUUCUUCUUCUCUUCCUUCUUUCUUUACUACUUUUACUAAUUCUUCUCUUUUUUCACAUAAUUUUCUUCGUCUACUUUUCCUUCUUCUUUUCCUACACCAUCUAUUUUUUCUCUUCUCCCUCUUUUUCUCCUCUUCUCCAUUCUACUUUAUAUUCUUCUUCUUCUACUUUGUCUUCUUUUCCUCCUACUUUCUCUUCUUCUCCUUCUUCUCUUCCUCUUUCUUCUUUAUAUUCUUCUUCUACUACUUCUUCUCUUCCUUCUUCCCUUACUACUUUUUCUAUUUAUUCUCUUUUUUCACAUUCUUUUCUUUGCCUACUUUUCCUCUUCCUCCUCCUCCUUCUCCAUUUUCUAUUUCUUCACCUUCUUUGUCUUAUUUUUUCACACAUUCCCCGCCAGUUAGAAUCCCACCAAAGUUGUCGAUGUCGCUGAUAACUACCUCAUCUCACUGCAUUCAACAACCUCUUAUCUUCUUCCCUCAAUUUCAUCGUAGAACGCUCAACUUUAAGCCUUGA